UAAUAGUAGUUUAGUGUUCGGUUUUUAUAACUAUUAUAUAGCUAUUAUUCUUCUCGCGACACAUUUAUUCCUCACGUGUACUUUUGUAAUCCUCAAUUUUAUAAGAAUUCAUUUAAUUGGUCGAUAAAUCGUCGAGCGCUCGACGCUUCAGAACUUCUUCCCUCACGUGUCAUAAAUUGGCAAUGCAGCGAUUAGCAAAAGUGAAUCCAUUUUUCGCUGGUAUAAAUCCUUUGAAUUGUAGUUUUCCAACGAGUGGCCAGUCGUAGUGAUUGAGUGUUUGAUUCGAUAAUGUUUCGUGACAUUUCGGAGGGUGAAAAUAAAUAAAAAUCGCAGAAUGGAAAAUUGACAUGUGCAGGGGGAUCGUGUACUUUUAGAGGUUAUCUGCUUCGUGGGAUUUAAAAAAUGCCUCAUGACAAACAGUUGGUCCCGCAUGCUGAGCACGGUAUCGUCACACUGUGAGAAUAUUCCUGCACACUGCAAACAAAUAUCCCUGCUUUGUUAGAGCAAUUGUAUAUUUAUAUCUAUUAAAAAUAAGCAACUAAUGGCUGCCUACAUCAAUCGAACAAUCUCUAUGAUUGGGGCCGAUAGCCAAUUGAGAAAAAAUGAUGCAAGAACUGAGAAUUCUCCUCUACAGAUAUUUGUCAAAGCAAAGAAAAAGAUAAACGACAUAUUCGGUGAAAUAGAGGAUUAUGUUGAGGACACCGUGGGCUUUAUGCAAUCAUUACGAGAUGACAGAAACAUUGUAAAUAAUGAUGAAACAACAUAUGUCGAAGGAUACAUCGAUAAGGUGCGAGGCAUUCAGGAUGUUCUCAAGCGAGAUCACAUGAAAGUAGCUUUUUUUGGAAGAACGAGUAACGGCAAGAGCACAGUUAUUAAUGCCAUGUUGAGAGACAAAAUAUUACCGAGUGGUAUUGGGCAUACGACAAAUUGUUUCUUGCAAGUGGAGGGUUCGGAGAACGGCGAAUCAUAUUUGAUGACUGAUGGCUCUAACGAGAAACAGUCUGUUCAUUCAGUCGGCCAACUCGGACAUGCUUUGUGCAAAGAAAAACUUUGCGAGAGUCAUCUCGUUCGAAUAUUUUGGCCGAAAGAGAAGUGUCUCUUGCUGAGAGACGAUGUCGUUUUUGUGGACAGCCCAGGAGUUGAUGUCACACCUAAUCUCGAUGAGUGGAUCGAUAAACACUGUCUUGAUGCUGAUGUUUUUGUUCUUGUUGCCAACGCUGAAUCUACUCUCAUGGUCACCGAAAAGAAUUUCUUCCACAAGGUUUCGACAAGAUUAUCGAAACCGAACAUUUUCAUUCUGAACAAUCGGUGGGAUGCCUCCGCCUCGGAACCAGAAUAUUUAGAUGAGCUGGUCGAUGAGCAAAAAGAGGUUCGAGCGCAACAUCAAGAACGUGCCAUUGAUUUUCUUGCUAAAGAAUUGAAAGUUUAUUCACCAAAAGAUGCGGAAGACAGAAUAUUCUUUAUUUCGGCUAAAGAAACUCUUCAAGCUCGGAUGCAGGAACAACGUGGACUUCCUGCUCACAAUGGUGCUUUGGCCGAAGGAUUUCAGAAUCGUUAUUUUGAGUUUCAAGAUUUCGAGAGAAAGUUUGAGGAAUGCAUUUCGAAAUCGGCGGUCAAAACAAAGUUUGAACAACAUUCGCAGCGUGGAAAACACAUAGCGAACGAAAUUCGUCGAACGCUCGAUGAAAUUCUCGAGCGUACACAAAAAAUGCGAGCUGAUCAGUUGAUGAUAAAGAAAGAGGUUCACGACAAGCUCAACUUUACGGAGCAGCAGUUGAUGCUCGUAACACAGGAAAUGAAGGAAAAAAUUCAUCGAAUGGUGGAAGACGUCGAGCAGAGGGUUUCUAAAGCUCUCAGCGAAGAAAUUCGCAGACUCGCUGUUCUUGUUGACGAAUUCAGCGUUCCCUUUCAUCCUGAGUCACUCGUAUUGAAUGUUUACAAACGGGAGCUUCAUACACACGUCGAAAAUGGUUUAGGCUCCAAUUUACGAGCACGUCUCAGCACGGCGUUGGCAAUGAACAUGGAAAAUUCACAACGUGAAAUGACCAAUCGCAUGUCUGGGCUGCUACCUGACACCAAAAAAGAUUUGAUGGUCACACUCGGGCCAAGACGUGAGCCUUUCGAAAUUUUUUACAGACUCAACUGCGACAACUUGUGCGCUGACUUUCACGAAGAUCUCGAAUUUCGUUUCUCGUGGGGUAUCACCGCUUUGAUUAAUCGCUUCGCUGGAAAACAGGGUCAUAAAAUCGCCAUUGCCAAUUGUCCACAAGAAAUUCCACCAGCUCUGGUUUCUCCCGCUGACAGCGUUGACUCAAUGAAAUUCGUAACCAGUGCAGCUGGAUUUCCUACACGAAACGAUGACUGGUCUCUGGCAACAAGAAUCGCAAUAGCAUCCAUAACGUCACAGGGAACGAUGGGAGGUCUAAUUAUUGCUGGUUUUAUGCUGAAAACCGUUGGUUGGCGAUUAAUUGCAGUCACCGGAGCUAUUUAUGGUUCCCUCUAUCUGUACGAACGUCUUACAUGGACCAACAAAGCUAAAGAACGUGAAUUCAAGCGGCAGUACGUUGAUCAUGCAACCAAGAAGCUCAGACUUAUCGUCGACCUUACCUCCGCGAAUUGCAGCCAUCAGGUUCAACAAGAAUUAUCGAGCACAUUUGCUCGACUGUGUCAUUUGGUGGAUGAAGCGACAUCAGAAAUGGACACAGAGUUAAAAACCAUAGCAACGACAUUGCGAACGCUGGAGGAAGCAGCAACGAAUGCCAAAGUAUUGCGCAACAAAGCAAAUUAUUUAGCGAACGAACUCGAAUUAUUCGACGCAGCUUACAUAAGAUCGUUGAAUUAGGAAUGGAAAAAUUAAAAAACCAGAAAGAUGAAGAGAAAAAGGAGGAUACAGAGAACGAAAUUUAUUUAGUAGAGUGAGGCUCAGGGAGCUUGAAUAAGGAGGAGAAAAAGCUGCUAAUCGAAAGAGAUUUUUCGAUCUUUCUUGUAAGCCAUUCUCAUGAAAUAAUUGAAAAAGUGUUUGUAUGUAAAACUCUAGUCUUAAUAUCGAUGAAAAAGGUAUCGAAUCGUCGAAAAGCGUUGUAAAAUUUUGCGAGAAUUUAAGGUAUUAGGCGACCGAUUACGCACGUACUCUUAAAUAUGGAAUAAUAGAUUUUUUUCUUUUUCUUUUUUUCGUAACAAAGUGACAACAAAAUUUUCAUUCUUCAAAGAAAUUUUUACAAAAAAUAAACAAUUUGACCGAUGGGUUAGUGAAUUUAUGUGAAUCGAGCUAUUUGAACUUUAUACAAUGUUAUUAUUUUUACUUCGAAAUUUAUACACCGAAUGUUGGAACGACGAUCGACGUUUCUUUUUUUUGUUUUUCAAGUUUAUUACAUUUCUGUAAUUUUUGACGCACAAUGUCAUUUAAAAAAAAAAAAACAGUACGAAAAAAAUACUUUCAAGUUUUGUGAAAAUCGAGAUUAGAAAUCAAACGUUUCACGGAUUCAUCCGGAUACACUCAAAUUUCUAUUUAGCUGUAGUUUAAACUAUGUUCUUAUUUUAUUCUUAUUUACUGAAAACCGAUAUAUUGCUAGGUUUUAUUUCCCACACGAAAGGAAACAAACGAAUGUUUAUGUUUUUUAGUAUGAUGUAUCAAAUAAAUAAUUCAUUGUUGAA